ACACAUAAAUGAAUAAUAAAAGAACAAAAAACGAACGCAGGGUUGCAUAACGCAAGAAGACUUGCGUCCCCGAACGAAGCUUCUGUUCCAUGUGGUGGAAUGCGCCUGAGAAGGAAGCAAUGGCCAUAUAGGAAUAGAGAGAGAUGGAGAAAGAGAUGUCACCUGUUUACUGUUUGAUGUUUACACUUAGAUCUUAGAUCAUGUAAAUGAUCAUGUUGAAAGUUACUAUUUGUAGAAUACACUAGUACUCUCAUCAAUAGAUUUUUUUUCUCAAUUAGGAAUAGUAUUUAUAAUACAAAUAUCAAACAAUAUUUAAUAUUUCGUCUUUUACAACUGAAAUGUGAGAUAUUUCACCAGAUACUCCAUAAAUUAUUAAACAAAAUAUGCAGUCAAAUAUCUGUUCACAGUGUAAUGAAACAGCAACUGGUCCUUCUAAUAGGAUAGUUAAAGAUUCCUGUGGCCACAAGAAAUGUAGAGUUUGUUUGUUGGAAGAUGAAGUUCAGUGUAAACUGUGUGUGAAAGAUAAACUUUCAAAUGGAGACAGUAAACCCUCCGAUCAAACUGAAGAAAUUGGCGUUGAUUUAAAUGGAAAAAAUCAGGAGGAAGUUCUUGUGAAUAAUCACACUGCAGUUAUACAGCUUAAUGGAAAUGCAUAUUCAAAUGCUAAUCAGAAUGGUCUCAAUACUGUACCACGUAAAUUAUAUGAUUGCAUAGAAAACGUCUUGGAAACUUCUGCACAAAACAAGAAUAGUUUGCCAACACAAAUAGAGAAUCCUGAAAAAGAUAAAAAGAGGCCUUAUAAUUUGAUUAAUGUUCCUGAACAUAUAACGAUUACAUCAGAUCCUUUGUCUUACCAUUGUGAUAUAUGUGACAAGAGUUUUAUCACAAAGACUCAUAUCAAAUAUCAUUCCUAUUGUGUGGGAGGUUCAAAACCAUUUAAAUGUGAGGUCUGCAACAAGGAGUUUAUUCUACGUGCACAACUGGAUGUUCAUUCUUACAAACACAAAUCCAGUAAGCCAUUUUCAUGUUCGGUGUGUAAAAAGUCUUUUAGUGUUCAGAGUAAGCUAACACGUCAUUCUUCUGUGCAUUCUGUAGUUAAAAGCCACAUUUGUUCAGUAUGUGGUAAUGCAUAUCGUAGCAAAGAAUCACUGAAGAUACAUUCUAUAAUCCAUAAAGGAGAUAAACCAUUUGGGUGCAAAUUUUGCAGUUCAAAAUUCAGUAACCAAUCGAAUUUGGCCAAGCAUAUGACAGUUCAUUCAAAGGAGAAAGCUCAUAUGUGUGAUCAAUGUGGCAAACGCUUCAAAUUGAAAUGGGCUCUUACUGUACACCGUAGAUCUCAUAUUAGAACCAGACCACAUAAAUGUGAGAUUUGUUUCAAAACAUUUGUCAACAACAAGGAUCUUCAAAGACAUAGAUAUGUCCAUAAUGAUACCAAACCCUUUAUGUGCAGUAUAUGUUCAAUUAGCUUCCGUCGUCAGGAUAACUUACGUCGUCACAUGAAGAAUACUCAUCCAGGUAAGAAGGGCGAAGUCAUUAAGAAUGUCGUAAUACUUCCUUCAGAAAAUGCCUGUACCUCAACUAUCACAAAAAAAACACCUAUAGACAAUCCGAAUGCCAUAAAAGUUAUAACGACUGCUUCGCCGGCAUUUACUUCUAGUAAAGCCGAGGGGCAGACAGUUACUCCUCCUCCCUUUGUUAAAUCUGAUUGCAGGGCUGGCGAAGAGACAAGCGUCAUCAACCGACCCAUCAAACUUGCAUCUAAAACGCCAGCUUUCAAGAGCAACUACAAUAUUAGCAGGUAUGUAUUGUUAUGGAAUUAGAAAAAAAUUUUGACAUUUUUUAUUAAAUGACUACCAUGUUUGAAAAAAUGAAACUUGAAAAAUUCGAAAAACUAUUAGUUGC